AAGGUCAAGGCACUGAGGGACAACCGAAUUGAGCUGGUGCGGGCUUCAUGGCAGGAGCUCACCAUCAGAAUCAGUGACGUCACCCUGUCAGAUGAGGGCCAGUACACCUGCUCGCUCUUCACCAUGCCUGUCAAGACCACAAAGGCCUUCUUAACUGUUCUCGGAGUGCCAGAGCGGCCUGAGAUCACAGGAUUCACCAAACCCGCCAUGGAGGGAGACAUGAUCACCCUUACAUGCACUACAUCUGGCAGCAAACCUCCAGCUAACAUCCGGUGGUUCCGAAAUGACAAGGAGGUCCAAGACGUGAUGCAUCUCCAAGAGGUGAAUGCCACGGGGAAGUCGUUCACAGUGAGGAGUAGCCUCCAGUUCCAAGUGGAUAGACGGGACGACAGCGUGGCCUACACCUGCAGCGUGGAGCAUGUGUCUCUGGCCAGCCCCUACAUGACAACUGAGGUCCUAGAGGUCCACUAUGCUCCCCAUCUGGAAAUCAUACAUUCCCUAAUUAUUCCACAGGAAGGACAAUACUUUAAAUUGGAGUGUGUGUCCAUAGGAAACCCGAUCCCUGAACCUGUCUUGUGGUCUAAAGAUGGAGGAGAGCUGCCUGACAUUGAGCGUAUGAUUGUAGAGGGCAGGGAGCUAACCAUCACCACUUUAAACAAAACAGACAACGGCACAUAUCGCUGUGAGGCAAGCAACCACCUCGGGACCAGCAGCGCUGAAUAUAUAUUGUUUGUAUAUGAUCCCAAUGCUUUAGGACAGCAUGGACCCGACCAUGCUUUAAUCGGGGGCGUUGUUGCUGUGGUGGUCUUUAUCACCUUAUGUCUGAUAAUAGUUCUUGGACGAUAUCUAGCCAGACAUAAAGGGACGUAUUUAACACACGAGGCCAAAGGAGCAGAGGACGCCCCCGAUGCAGACACAGCUAUCAUCAACGCUGAGGGAAACCAUGUGCAUGCAGAGGAAAAAAAAGAGUACUUUAUUUAG